AUGGUUGGAAAGCUGAGACACGUGCUGAUUUUCCUUCUCAUCAUCCUGAAGGAGCCCAACAUGCCGGAAGCUGGCUGCAGCUGUGAAUCUUUAUCACCCUGCAAGUGCCGCAACCUAGGCCUCACCAGCAUCCCUCAGAACCUCCCAACAUCCAUCUCUGAGUUGGACUUAGAAAGUAACCGUAUUAACACUGUAAAGCAGUAUGAGCUGUUACGCUGUGGUUCAGUUGCUGGCACUAUUCUGAUUGGGACCUUCUUGGCCGUAAUUUGGUACAAGAAGAGGACCAGACAUCCUCCAUUAGGGCCGAAUCCCAAUGUUGUUGGGGGCAACACAAACACAUCGGCGUCUGUAAUGACCAGUGGUGAUGAUCACCAGUAUAAAGAUAUUGAUAAUGGUCAUGAUCAGACAGUGCAGGGUCAGUCUCAGGCCGUGACUGAAUCAUUGGAUUGGCCAGUGGUCAUGACUAGGCAGGGCAGGGUUAGUCUCACCAACACUGAAUCCAACACAAACACCACAGCUACUGUAGUGGCGAGUGGUCAUGAUCAGACAGAACAGGGUCAGUCUCAAACCAACACUGAAUCCAACACAAACACCACAGCUACUGCAGUGGCCAGUGGUCAUGACAAGGCAGGGCAGGGCCAAUCUAAGGCUAACGCUCAAUCUCCCACAAACUUCAUCAACAUGGCCUGUACUUAG